CCACUGCAGUUUGCCCGAGGGACUGGACACACAUGAAAGUCCUGAAUUCCGCACGAUCGUGGUGUGGUGCGUCGCAGAAUGAUUGUUGGGGGACUAGGGGCCGGCCGGGGCGGCGGGGCGCUCGGGGGACCUGAUUGUCGUCCCCACAGGGAGCAGCCCCGCCAGGGCCCUGGCCCCCCUGGGCCACGCCGUUCUCGCCCACUCCUCUUCAACCAGACCCCGACCCGACACCCCGACUCGUCGACAACACCGGCCUCAGGACCGUCCAGCUCAGUGCAACACAAGUUUUGGUUGGGGAAACUUCACGAAAGAAGGGACACGGCACGAUGACGACGGUGGCACGAGCCCCGGGCACGCGGCCGGCGAAACACCUGUCAAGCGUGAGCCCCGCCCGGAGCUGGCGCAGGGGCAGCAGGAGCAGGGGCCUGAGGGGCCGCGGCCGGGCGCGCGCGUGCCGUCCAGACCGAGGUCCAGACCGCCCCCCGGGGCCGGACUAGCAGACUGGACCAGGCAUGGAGGCGGACUGGCCGGCCGACUGUCGCUUCCCGCAGCUCUCCAGGAGGCGCUGCCGCUGCGAGUCCAAGGCGUCGUCGCGAUGGCGGUCCCGACCGUCGCGCCACUGCCCCCGCAGCUGGGUGGUGUCGCCGGCGCAGGGGGUGGUGCAGGGCGGCGUGGGGAUGGGGGGCGGCGCCGGCGUGGGCUGCGGCUUGGGGGUGUGUCCGCGGCCCGCCUCGGCGGACCCGGGCCCGCGUCCCCACGUCAGCCGCAGGCCCUCCACCGCCCCCGCCAGCGGCGCGCACUCUGCCCCGACUCGCUCCGGGUCGGUGUCGGGUGGACGUCGGCGCACCGCGGUGCUCGGGCCCACCCCCAUGGUGCCCGUGCCUCCCGUGCUGCCCGAGUACCCCGAGGAGCAGCUUGAAUCCUGGACGCUGGACAACACUCCACUCAAGGGCGCGAUGGAGAGCCCGAAUGUCUGCGCGGUGGCUCGCGGUCGGAUGUGGCACGGCGAGGACGGUGGCCGAGGGGCCGCCCCCGUGGACGACGAUGCCGUCGACAACCUGCGAGAGGCGCGGGUCGUUGACAACUCGUGGUCCAGACCGCCACCCGCGGCGACACCCCGUGUCACCGCGCACCGCCCACGCCCACCAACCAUGGACGACGGAAGCGUCCGCAGCAGCGUGAUCACGGCGGCCUCGGCUGCGUGCAGCAGUAUCGCCACCAGCAGCAGCACCCCCAUCACCAGCAGGACCAACAGCGGCACCGUCACGGCCACCUCGGGCACGGCGCCCACCACCGCGAGCAGCCAGGCCACCAGCCGCACGGCCAGCCUCGAGCACCCCUAUCCAUAUCACACCACCGUGCCAGAGACCGUCCUGGAAUGCAUCGACGACCUCGACUCCCUGGAUCCCCUGGCUGUGAAGACGUUCCACGAUGACUCCCAAGGCAGCGACAUUGUCCUACCAGUGCGCGCGGAGGCUGGCACGGACCCCGUCGCGGAGCUGGACGAGGGCCUGCAGGGCCUGUACCAGCUGUCCACCCCGGUGGGCGAGAGGGCGAGGAAGCGGCGUAAGGACGCCAGGAGGCGGCCGCCGGCCCGCUACCGGGUGCCGCUGUAUGAGUACCACCCGACGCUCCAGGCGCUGCAGGGGUCAGUCCACGAACAGCUCCGUCGGAAGCUCGGACAGCGGGCAGCUAAACUGAUGCACUGUCAGGAGGCGCUCGCGGAGCGAGGGCGGCACCCUGGACGCCGAGGGGGCCGUCGCGGGCGGGGGCGGCGCCCGCCAGCCCAGGGUCGCGGCGGAGACUAG